UUUGUUGUCAUACUAUCCAGAAAUGCAGCAGAAGUUGAGACAAGAGAUUGAGUCCCAAAUCGGAGACCGAAUGCCAACACAUGAGGACAGGAAUCGAUGCCAUUAUGUCAUGGCUUUCAUUGCUGAGACACUUCGCGUGAAAAAUGUGGUGCCGUCCGGUGUUUUUCAUAGGGCUGUUGUCGACUCUACUAUCGGAAACUAUAGCAUACCGAAAGAUACCAAGGUUUUUGUAUAUCAGGGAUAUAUGCUUAAAAAUACGAAACACUGGACUAAUGCCGAAGAGUUUAUGCCCGAGAGGUUUUUAGACAUGGAUCAGUUCAUUACAACCCGUCCCAAAGCGUAUAUACCCUUCGGUUUGGGACGUCGUGUCUGUUUGGGUGAGAAGUUAGCCAUCGCUAAUCUCUUCCUGGUUUUGGUCCGAUUUCUUCAGUCCACACAAGACUAUGAUAUAGUCCUCGACAGUCAUAACGGCAUAGAAGCGGAUCCCAAAGUAUUUGAUGCCUUCCCCAAA